UCCUCAUUCCGCCCACCCCCUAUUCCGCCCACUUUAUAUACAAGAUGCAGUUGAGCAAUACCGUCUUGGGCGCCAGUCAUUGCGAAGCAUCUGUAGUGAGUUCGGCAUCCCACGCUCUACUAUUCGCGACCGCCUUCGUGGUACUCAGACCCAUUCAACUGCGGCCGAACCGCAACAUACACUUAGCCGAGUACAAGAAGAUCAUCUUACGCGAUGAGUCUUAGCCUAGGUCGCUCUAGGUGUCCCACCAACCCAUGCGCAGACCCGGGAGUUCGCCAGCCGGGUUCUAUAGGCCCAAGGAGCACCCGAAAAGACUAUCGGGAAGAGCUAGAUCAACCGGUUUAUCCGAAGGAACCCGGUCCUCCGUACCUAGCGAGGCCCUGGUUCCCACUCCUGAAAAUCCCAGCCAUCAAGGACAUCUUACCGGCUAACCGCUGGAACUUUGAUGAAUUCGGCCUUAUAGAAGGUCAGGGUAUCAACGGCUUGGUAGUUGGAAGUGCCCACAUACACGCACAGUGCAACGGAAAGUCCCUGGUUCGCGUACGUAGACCUCCUUCUUAGAGUGCGUCUCUGCGACAGGGGUAUCACUCCCACCAGCUGUUAUUUUCAAGGGCAAGAGUGUUCAA